ACCCAAGUGUAGGCCUCCGGAAAUCAUGUAAUCUAUGACUGUGUGUUUUUGGAUGCCGAAAGAGAGUUGGAUUUGGUGUGUGUGUGUGUGUGUGUGUGUGUGUGUGUGCAGGCGCGCGCGUGUGUGUGUGUGUGUGUGUGCAGGCGCGCGCGUGUGUGAUCUAAGAAACGGAAAAAGGCAUCUGUCUGUCAGUGUUGGAGGGGGUCCCAAAACGUCACAUCCAAGGACGGUCCGCGCUGCGCCCCUCAGAACGGGAACGACGCACAACACGGACCUGCUCUCCAACCCGACAGACGGACCGUGAAAUAUAAUAUCACAACCAUGAAGUGCGGACUUAUUUACGUUUUAAUAGCGCUUCCUCUUAUCAGCGGGUCACCUUUGCAGCAUGGUGUGUUUCAGGGAAACUCUUAUUCCGGCACCGAAACACGCCAGAGAAACAAAAACUGGUGCGCCUACGUCGUGCACAAGAACGUGAGCUGCGCGGUCGCGGGAGGCGCGGAGAGCUUCGUGCAGCCGCACGCGGCGCCGUGUCCUCCGGAGACUCCGAACUGCCUGCAGCAAGUGAUAUAUCGGACACACUUUCGGCCCACGUAUAAGAUCGCAUACAAGACCGUCACGGAGCUGCAGUGGAGGUGCUGCCCGGGGUACCAGGGCCACGACUGCUGGGAGGUGAAAGACAUUAAACUGCUCCAGGUGGAGCGCUUGCCUCACGCUCCCUCUGGACAUAUUCCAGUCCCCCAAGCUCCAGAUCAGCGCACAGAAACCCAGAGGAACCAUCCGUGGGGAGGGGAGGGGCAGUUUGGAGGUCAGAGGGGUCACAAGCCAGCGGGGGAUCAUGGAGGAUCUCAAAGUGCACAACACCUGGAGGUGCAGCAGCUUUCCCAGAUGGUCCUGGACAUGCAGGCGAGGAUGACAGACAUGUCCUCCAAUCUGAGACUGGAUUUCCAAGAGGAUGCCAGUAAAAUGCUGGUCACGCUGCUGAAUAACUACAGACCGCCUGCCAGUGCGAGAGGCGCGGAGACGCACACCGUUCAGGUGCAGGACUUCUCUUUUGGGAGCGAGGCCACACAGAUGGACGAGGUCAUAAACAAGGUCAGCCAGGUCGCAGACGACCUGGAGUCCAAGGGCAACAUCCUGGAUGACCUGAGGGGUCGCGUCAACCGCCACGACGGACAAAUCCAUCUGUUAAUGGAAGCUGCCCACAACCAGCUGUCCACUCCCAGUCCCGCUCCCCCGGCCGGUGGUGGAGACCUGCGCGCCUACCUGGACGAGAAGAUCCGCGCCCUGAGAGAGGAGUUAAUGGAGGGCAUGGACAUCAAACUGGCAGACAUGAAGAACUCGUGCGAAUAUAAAAUCAUGUCGGUUCAGGAGCAGUGCGAGGGAACCGAAACCAACUACCUCAGUCUGGCAGAGCUCAUGGACUCCAAAGAAACUGACCUCCGCAACGAGAUCCAGGACCUUAAGACCAAGCUGGUUGAUCCAGGAAGGCAAGACAACCGUCUCGUGGAGAACCCAGAAAUCUGUCUGAACUCAUCUGAGAAGAUGGCCCAGUGUCUCUCCGUGGAGGAGAAGCUGAAGAAGGAACAAGCAGAGGCCAUCCGAGGCCUGAGGGAGACUCUGGAGGACCAGCUGGUGUCCAUGGAAGACAGACUCACCACCCUGUUGUUAGAUACAAGCACCAGCUCCCCAUCUGGCAGUCUUCUGACUGCUGUGGAAAACAUCAACCAACAAGACUUCCAGAGCUGCAGAACCGCUAUCGAUGCCAUGGAGACAAGUCUAAAAGCCCAAAUAAAUGGCCUUGGAGCCGUGGAGAGGCAACAACUCAACUUCAGCACUAGCAUUGAGAACCUUCAUGGGGAGUUGAGCUACCUGAAAGGCCGCGCGGGCAAGUUGGAGGACUCUCUAUCGGAUGUAGUCCACCAGCAGUCUCGGGCGUCUCUGAUUCUCAACUCCACAUGGGGACAAGUUAAAACGGGGUCUUCCCAGGAGGCCAAGGACCUCCUGGAGCUCCACAGGACUCAGCAACAGGAGCUGAGAAACCGUCUGGACGAGCUGGGCAGGGAGGUGAAAGCCAAGGCCGACGGCUGCAGGGAGCAAACUGAAGAUGUCGAGAGGGGGAUAGCGCACAUGGACCGCCGCAUUGUGAGCGUGGAGGGUUUAUGCGGCCGCUUGGACCCAAUCUCCGGGAGCCUCCAGAGGAUCAAAGAGGGUCUGAAUACACACGUCACUGGGUUGUGGACUUGUGUCAACCAGCUGAAUGCUACGGUUAGAGCUCAUGCCCGUGAUAUUGGAGGACUGAGGGGAACUUGUGUGAACCUCCAGGACCAAACAACCCGCAGUCCUGGGAAGACCGGUGUUCAUGUUGCUGUGGAGGACGCGGGACCUCUGCAGGGUUCAAGUAAGAGCCUCUCGGGGACGACUGCUCCCCCGGAGGACUCCCUCCCACAGCCACCUGUGAUGGAGACCGGAGAGGCGGGACCCCCCGGCAAGAUGACCUCGUCCAAGCUGCCCAAAGGGACAGACGGCAGCACGAUGCCUGAUCAGGGUUUUGCUGGCGCUCCAGCCUCCGCAGACAAAUCCACAGAUUCGCUAAAACCCGGCACGCUGGUCAUCUCAGCAGGUGUGAACACGGCCAGCAGACAAUCAUCACAGACGGCGUCAGGUGAGAGGGUGUCGUUCUCAGCCGGUCUGACGCUUCCUCCGUUCCAGGGAGAGAUGGGAACCAUUCGAUUCAACAAGAUGUUGGUCAAUGAUGGAGGACAUUAUGACCCUCACACAGGUAUCUUCACGGCUCCGACGGACGGCCGCUACCUGGUGACCGCCGUGCUCGCGGCCCAGCGUGGCGAGAGCGUGGCGGCGGUCCUGUCUGUGUCCAAUCGCAGCGUCCAGAGGUUGGACUCGAGGGGCUACCCGUCACAUGAUGGGUGUAACUGCAGCAGCUCGGCCUCUCUGAGCCUGGUCCUGUCGCUGAGGAGAGGAGAUCGAGCAGGACUGGUCAUGACCGCUGGGAAGCUCGCCACCUCGGCCUCCUCUGAGAUCCUGUCGUCUUUCAGCGCCGUGCUUCUUUACGCCAGCCCGGCCAAUCGGUAGCCGGUAGCCGGUAGCCGGUAGCCGGUAGCCGGUAGCCGGUAGCCGGUAGCCGGUAGCCGGGCUCUUUUUAAAGACAACUCAUGCAAGAGGACAGAUGGCGAUAUCUCAUUAUCAGGAGGGAAAUUAGAUUCUCUAAAUUAGAUUAUUUCAUUAGUACUAAUAUAUAGUGUGCUUACAUUGCAAUUAUUUUAUAUAUAUACAUAUAUAUAUAUAUAUAUUUUCGUUUGUGACCAAGAUUUUCCAAAUGCAUACUUGUACAUUUAAUUGUCGUCCGCUGUCCAUCCGUUUCUUCCUCCAAUAAUUAAAAACACC